AUGUCGGCAAGAAAAAGGGCGGAAGUCAUCGGUCGGGCGUUGCAAAAGCAAUACAACACCCUGCAGCCAAAGCAGACGGCUAAGUACCAGCGGGCGGAGGACCCAUCCGUCGAGGCCGUACGAGAGGUGUGCGAGCUGACGAGAGCGAGUGCUAGGAACGAGCGCGCACUCAUCCACUACAACGGCCACGGGGUGCCGCGACCGACGGCGAACGGGGAGAUCUGGGUGUUCAACAGGUUGAUCACCCAGUACAUCCCUCUCUCCAUCCACGACCUGAAGGACUGGGCCGGAAAGCCUUCCAUCUUCGUCUUGGAUUGCUCUGCGGCAGGGGUCCUCCUCCCCCACUUUGUGGAGCCGACGACACCGGUGCCCCCUCAGGAUGAGGACGGAGAUCAAGAGGACGGAGACGAACGGGACGGCGGAGCUUCCUCGGGGCAGCAACAUCCGCAGCAACGGCUCUCCUCCGGCGGCGGUGGCUCGGUCGCGCCGUCCCCCGUCAGCAGCUGCGGCGGCCGCGCGCCCCCGUCGGUGGCGUCCUCGCCGGCGGGAAGCGGUGGAACCUUUACCGGUUCGGGGGGGCGUGGGCGGCCUCUCAAGGACGUGAUCGUGAUGGCGGCCUGCGGGGAGGACGAGGUGCUGCCGACGAACGCGGACCUCCCGGCGGACGUGUUCACGUGCUGCCUCACGACCCCCAUGCCGAUGGCCCUGCGCUGGUUCAUUCGCCAGAACAAGGACCUAUCGAUGAGCGGCGUAGACCCGGAGUGGGUGGACAAGAUCCCGGGGAGCCUCGGCAACAGGCUGACGCCUCUGGGAGAGCUGGAAUGGAUUUUCACGGCCAUCAUGGACGCCAUCGCUUGGAGCACGCUGCCGCUGCCUCUGUUCCAGAAGCUCUUCCGGGGGGACCUUCUGGUGGCCAAGCUCUUCCGGAACUUUCUUCUGGCGGACAGGAUUCUGAGAAAUUUGAACUGCACUCCCGUGACGCACCCAGCGAUGCCGAUGACUUGCUAUCAUCCGCUGUGGCAAUCGUGGGACCUCGUUGCGGAGCAGCAGCUCGGGCGGCUCUUUUCGGCUACCCGCAUGGGCCCCACCAAGGGCCUGGGCAAACCGGGCAAGCUCGCCAAGGCUUCGAAGGCGAAUACGCCGCAGGACCUCGUGGCCGACCGGCAGGACGAUUUCUUCCAGGCCCGCCUUCGAUCCUUUCAAGUCUGGCUGCAGUUCGCCGCUCCGGCGAGGGGGGAGGUGGCGCCGAAGCCCCUGGAGGAGCUGCCGGUGGUGCUGCAGAUCCUGCUCAGCCAGGUUGAUCGGCUGCGGGCGCUGAAGCUCCUGAAGCAGUACGUGGAGCUAGGCCACUGGGCGGUGGACUCGUCCCUGCUGGUCGGGAUCUUUCCCUACGUGAUGAAGCUCAUCGUGCACCACCAGCUGGCACCUUCGGCCGAGCUACGACAUACCCUGGCGGCAAUCUGGGCGCGGAUCUUGUCCUUCGACCUUUCCUGCCAGGCAAGUGUGGAGCUCGUCAAGCACAGGGCAUACGUCAACUUCAUCAAGCAUCUCAGGUGGGAAGACAUGCCGGCGCAGCAGAGAGUGUUCGCGGCCUUCGUCCUGGCGUGCAUCAUGGACGGAUACCGGCAGGGGCAAGAGGCGUGCCUGCAGCACCUGCUGCACAACAUCUGCUGGACUCUGCUCAACACGGACACGGACUCUGACACCGAGGUGCUGUCGUCCGACCCGUCCCUGCGGGACCCCUCCGUGCGCAUGUGGCUCUGCCUGUGCCUCGCCAAGCUCUGCUGGCAGUACACCGACGCGCAGGAUGCUUGCGUGCGGCUCGAUAUCCAGGGCAGCCUCUUCGCCUGCCUGGAGCGGAAAGAUGGGGGUCCCGGGCAACGGCAAGGGGCACCAAUGAUGGGAGUAGGGGGCCAGGCAAGCGCCGGGCCUGGCUCUACUGAUGGAGGCGGCGGGCAGAGAGGGGGGAUGGAUGCAUGGCCAUCGCUUGUGCCGGACUGCUCUCCGGGGGCGGCGGUUGCUGGAACUUCGGAGACGAGGCGACUGGACGAGCUGGACAUCGCCUUGCGGCUGGCGAAGCAUUCCGGGGACGCGAGCCCGCUGCUUCGUCGAGAGGUGGUGCUAGCGCUGGGGUUGCUCGUGCUGAACCCCGCGCACUUUCCGUUCUUCGUGACGGUUGCGCAAGAGCUCGCCAUCAACCGAGCGGCGGCGGCUGCGGCGGCGGCGGCGGCGAGAAAAGAAGCGGCCCGUCGGAAGGGCGGGAAGGGCUCCUCGUCGAACGGUGGCGGGAGCCAGAGCAGCUGCCGCGCCGAAUGCGGCGAAAGCAACGUUAGCCCGCAACGCCAGAGCGGGAGCAGGGGUAGCGCCGUCGCCGGCGGCGGCGGGCUCGCGGGCCGCCUGUCAACGAGCCCGCCCCUGAGGAGCUCUCGCUGGGUGCUGCCGUCGCCGCGACUGUCGUCGUCGGUGAACAGUAGCAGCGGGGUCGCCCUGGGCGGGAUCGGCAGCCACGGGGGGGGGUGGAGGGGGGGCGACGCAAAUUGUAGCGACGCCGGCGGCGGUGGAACCACUGACGGUUCGACACAGCAGCAGCAGCAGCAGCAGUGGCGUGCUAGGGCAGAGGACGUCAACUCGGUGGCCCGAGGUUUGGUUCCCGGGAAGAUCGGAUGGGGGGGGGGGUCUGUAGUCUGCGCAGACCGAGAGCAGCAGCAGGCCACCCCAAAUCUUAACGAGGGCGUGCUGCAGAGCGUCGGGGCUGAGGCCGCGCAGCACUACGCCGCGCCUGUGUGA